AUGCUUGGACGCUUGUUCAAGCUGAGCACCGACACCAUCGCCCCGCCGCCGCUGGUGGCGCUGCUGCUGCUCACGCUGCUGCUCGCCACCCACGACGACUGCCACACCCGCGGCCUUCUCUACGGUACCCCCAACUGUAACCCGUUGAAACCUUAUCAUUUGGACGAAGGUGGGUUCAGAGUGGUGGUGGCCCAGGACUCCGGCUCGAUCCACUACAAAGAUGUCCUUUUUGACUCGCUGCGCCGAGCGCCAGGGCAAAUGCUGCUGGCACCAACCACCCUUUCCACCCUUUCCCCGCUGGGUCCCACCACCCUCCCCAGUCUCCACCUGCAGGCCCAGCUCUGUAAGUUCAUGUUUGGCUCGUUCCCGUCGCUGGAAACCCAGACCACCACCAAGAUUCACAUGCUUCCCCCUUUACUGCUGGUGCACGGGGCCAUGGUGCUUAUCCUGAGGGUAUUUCUGCUCGACGAUGAUAACUCGCCUACCACUACUGCGGAUGCCGACGACGACGACGACUGGGUGGUGGCGCCGCCGAUGCCCGGUCCCACGUCGCUGGCGCCGCCAGUAGCACUGCGACUUGCCCUCGGGCUUGUAAUCCCGAUGGAAGUGCUGACGGAUAUUACUGAUGUCAUAUUUGCCAACUGGGGGGUCGUCCACCACCACCUUAAUCAGUUUCAGGCAAUGGUGAUGGCGCGGACGGCAGCCAUCCACCCGCUUCCGCAAACCACGCGUCUACGCCUCGCCGACUACUGUUUCCAAAACGACUCUGACUUCUUUGUGCUUGUCAAACGGUUUAUUCGUCUGAUGGACUACGUGGUCAACACUCCACGAGUGGUGGGACUUCCACAAGAGGUGGGACCGCGCCACCAUAUCUUCAAACAGUGGGUGCUGGAAGUGGUCAACUGGAUCGAGUUCAAGGACGGCAAGCCCGAUUUCUUAGCCCGAUUAUUUGCCACCGUCAACCAGUACUUCCCCCGUCGCGCAUCCCCUAACGACGAAAAGACUCGAGUGGUGGUGGUGCUGAAUAACCAGUUGGUGGCGAAAAAGCUCAUUUUCAUCGUCAACCUCGUCAUGACCGGCUUGGGACUGACCCAGGUCACCAUCGCCCUGCCGGCAGUGGCGAUCGCCGUCGACGACCUGGCGGUAGACGACGACACGCUCGAUACCCUUGAUGACGUUCACCUGAUGCUGCUGACGCUGCUGUGCGUGACGCCGCUGCAAAAAGGGUGGGCCAUCCCCGUGGCGGCAGCUCUGACGGCGGCGACGCUGACCCCCAUCGUGGUGCCUCACCGGCUGCCGCAACUGCUGCGGCUGGUCGCCUAUCUCUCGUCGUCGUUGACGCUGUCAUUGUCGCUGGUGGCCAGUUCAUGGGGCAAACGCGCUCCCUUGAUGGCUCCCUCGUCGUUUGACGAUUAUACCCCGCACCCGCUAACUAAACGCAACCUGUUCUACAGCCACAAGACGCCGCUGCCGGCGCUCGAACACGACGAAUACCCUUGGACCGCUCCGCAGUUGUCGCUGGGAGAGUUCUCGCCUAAGCUCACACGGUCGCAAUCGAUGCUGGAGCUUGUGGGGCUGCCGACGGCGCUGCUUGAGCUCAAACGCACCAAGCUGACGAUGUACUUCCCCAAGAUCCGCGACGAGCUGGUGAAAAACGUCGUCGAGUACAAUCACCAGGUGGUCCACCGCAAGUGCGACAUCAUCGCCGAUCUGGCAGUAUCGUGGACCAAACGUGACAAUACCCUCAAACUCGACGACCAUGACGACGCCAAAACCGAUGACGAUGACCACACCAGUCUCGGUAGCCACACCAUCGGCCACAAGGCGCUCCCGCCCCACGUGUCCUACUGCGACGAGUUCCGCCCCGAGUUCGACCUCCAGGCGUGCCCCGUACUGGUUAAACUCGAGCACGCGUUGUCUACAGCGAUGCGCAACGACAUCAAUAGAGGGUAUCGCGUACUGCGCACGGUGUUAGUGCUGCUCCGUGCCCGCGAAGUGAAGGUGGUCGAGUGGCACUGUCAUGACCAAGGGUGGCGGAAACGUAGCCGCAGCCCCGACGAGCGCGAUACCGUGGCCAAGCUCGCCGAGAUCCACGCCAUGUACAAGCGCCAGGAAGUCGAUCGCGACCGGCUUUACGCGCUUGUGGAACAACUACUUGUGUGA